AUGACCACAUCGAGUACUCCUGCGUAUCCGUCACGAUGUCGAAGAUGCGAUUCCCGUGUCACACUGAUGUUCACGAGAAGCAACAAUCGAAUUGGAAAUGCAGGUCGUCCAUAUUACAAAUGUCUCACCUGCACAAAAUUCCUUUGCUUCGCUGAUAGCCGCGGACUCGAUCCGAGUAAUCCUCUCUGCUCUUGCGGUAUCCCAAGUCGGAGGCAAAUUUCCGGACCGGCGAGGUGUGUACCACGGGGACUCCAUUACGUAUGUAGUCAGGGUGGCUGCUCUUUCUAUUCUCCGAUGCACGGUGACUACGGGCAAAUCAGUCUUGACGAGGAAAUAGCCAGUCUAUUCAUCCAAUUGAGUUUUAUUUGA